ACAGAGAAUGCCAUUCAGAAUGCUUCCCGAUGUGGCUGGGCACCAUUUGAUAAGAAGAACUAUAAACAGUUGCUGGGAGCUUUGGACUAUUCCUUCCUGUGUGCGUACGCCGUGGGCAUGUUCUUCAGUGGUAUGAUUGGGGAACGCUUACCUCUCCGCUAUUUCCUGUCUUGUGGCAUGGUGGCCAGUGGCUUCUUCACUGGACUGUUCGGACUGGGCUAUUUCUACAACAUCCACAACCUAACCUAUUAUAUUAUCAUCCAGGUGCUGAAUGGUUUGGUGCAGACCACUGGGUGGCCGAGUGUGGUG